CGUGAAGACGGACGAAAUGCCGUUAAGCCUUUUGUCCGGACUGCUAAACAAUCCUGCCAGCUUGUCGCUUUGUUUCCUCAUUGUACAUUACAAAAAUUUAUUAACUUUGCUGUUGUUUAGUCCCAUAAACAACAGGGGGACAUAAGCGAACUAACACCGACUGAUUAUUCUUUAAGGAAAAAAAAAUAAUAAAUACUGGAGUCAAUUCGUUCGACUCGAACCCGUUAAGGCGGGUGCUCCAGCAUGGUCGCAAUCCCAUGACCGAAACAUGCAAAAGCUAUGACGAAAAAAAAAUAUAAACUUCCGGAAGUUACGUCAUAGGGAAGUUCAGCUGCUGUUAACAACUACUUUUUAGGAACCGGAAGUAUCCGUCAUUUACUGCGUGACUGUCAUUCAACAAUCAGAACAUGCCAUCCUAACCAAACAACAAACUUUGUCGUCAGUCGUUCAAUCUGUUGUCUCGUCGUGGUUCUGGUCCGCUUCCUCCCGUCCUCCGCGUGACAAAUGUUGUCUCCAGACCUGUACACACUGGUCACUGCCGGACUCUCUUGUCUUCAACAUCAUCUCAGCUGAUCGAAAUAUUUUUCUUGUUCUGCUUCCUCCUUCGAAACACACACACACAUAUCAAUAUAUAUACACACCUGUGCUCGUGAGUGUAUAUACAUACAUAUAUAUAUAUAUUGUCUAUAUAGACUAUAUAUAUAUACACACCAUUUAGCUGUCGCUCUAUGGGGAUAUUGCGGAUAAUCAAUCGUGACAAUGUCGUCUAUUCACCCUUACAACAAAACAUCAGUGAUGACGAUGACAGUGAAGAUCAAAUCAUUUUCAACAAAGACCUGAACAUCACUCCGGCUUCUCGGAACGGUGUUAAGAAGUUCAGUAAAAAUGUCAUAGAGUUGGACAAUUUACCGGGCAGCAAGUUGAAGCGGCGUGACCCCAACCGAGCUGGUCAUUCAUCAUGCUGUCGUAUCAUAAAAAAUGUGGUGAUAAUCUUAUUUGUAAUCCUCGCCAUCACCGUUUUUGUCGUUGCCGUCUUGCAUUAUAAAAAUUCCUCCCAGCAUUCUCCCUGCCAGACAUUGUCAAAUGAGUGGAAUUUGAGUUUCGGCAACAAUGUCAGUGAUUCUUGCAUCCGGCUACUUGAUAUGGACAAUGAUGGCCAACUGGACAUUCUCCUUAGUUUGGCCGCACCAGAUUACUACCAUCAUUAUCACUCCAGCAUGGACACAGAUGACCAACAGCCAGUAAAUGAAUUCUGUAAUGAUACAGGACUUUCCAGCCCACCUACCGGUCAACUUCUUGCCAUACGUGGCUGUGAUGGCAAACAGUUGUGGAAACACUCCACCAAAUCAAGUAUCCUCUACAUACACUGUGACCAACUGGAUGCUAACCAGGAUGGUAAGCACGACUGCUUGAUCAGUGGCUAUCAUGCCACUCUACAAGCCAUUGAUCCUCGUAAAGGUUUUGUGAUAUGGUCAGCAAAUAGUACAUACCUGAUUGACCACUGGAAUAUCUACCAGGCUCUUGUGGUACCUGAUGUUGACCACGACAAUGUAGAUGAUGUCCUCAUUUUACAUGCUGGAUGUUGUUACUAUGGAGACAAAUACCCCCCUGACAACUCUGGUCGUUUCCUGCUGUUUUCUGGGGCUACAGGACAAGCUGUAGGCACUUUUGUCAAUAUUUCCAUUACGAAAGCAGGCGUCUAUAGAAACCCUGUCCUCUACAAGUCAUCAAAUAACAAGCUCACUGUCCUGUUCACCAGUGGUCAGUUGUCUUCACCAGGUCAUCUAUAUCAGAUAUAUUGGGAUGUUUUAAAGAAACAGCUGUUGGAUCCCAAGGUGGAGCAGCUAUCAAAUGCUAAAGCAAUCUAUGAGAGUAAGACAAAAGGGAUCUUUGUUCCACCUGUCAUAGUGGACAUCCAAAAUAAUAACAUAAUGGAUAUUCUUGUGAGUACAUUUGAUGGAACCAUUGCUCUGGUUGAUGGCCAGGCAUUUACACCCAAGUGGAAAAUUAACUUUACUAAUUAUGAAUCAUUCAGUAUUCCAGCCCCUGGUUACUUCAACGAUGAUGCCUACCUGGAUUUCAUGCUGCAUCUCAAUUUUGGUACCUGGCCGUAUUACACAUAUUCCAUGGUGAUGGUGGUCAGUGGUAAAGAUGGAACAAUACUCUGGAAAAUGGCCUCAUCAUUUCCUUCAUUCACCUCUGAUCUCACCUUACAAACAGUCGAACAUCAGCGUGACGUCUUUGUAUUCAAAACAUUUAAUCGCGAUGGAGAUAUUCUUGUGCACAACAAAGACCUAGCUGAUAUCAUUCCUACAGAUUCUCCGGUUGAAGAUAACAGACCUUAUCCAGAUUCUUCCCAUUUACCUCAAAAUCAAUCACCUUUCUUCAUAUCUCCGGCUGGCUACUUCUUAAUUUGUGCAGUAACUUCACAGUCAGCAAUCACUGAAGAAGUUUUCAUCAUGGACCGAAGCAACAUGGACAAACCCAUUCAAUUGGCAGAAAAUAAAUAUUCCUAUUCGCCGUCUCCAUCGACAGACAAUCAGUGUGCUGUUGCUAAACCCUUUGGUCGUGGCACAGGAGCCAUUGGUGAUGUGGACGGAGAUAAUCAACCGGAUUAUAUAAGCUUGACCAAUCUGGCUAUGGAGGUAAUGGAUACAAAAUCCAACUGCCCACUCUUCUGGCAGAAUAUGACUCUGUAUAAGAAGACCUUGAUGCCAUCCAAUCGCUCCAGAAAGUCGGUACCCAUCAGGAUGUUUGCAUCACUGGUGAAUGAGGGGCAAGGGGGCAAACAGCAUGACAAGAGCCUUGAAUCGACACACUUUGUACCUCAACGGGAACAAGUAUGGAACGAGUAUUUUGGUAGUAAACAGACUGGCAUCUACCGUCGCCAACACCUGAGUGACGGAGGAAACACAAUGUCGAGACGUAGCAGAGUUUUGUACUAUUUAGUUGUUCUUUUUACAUUAUUGGUUGUUCUGCUUUAAAUUCCAGGGAACUGGUAGGCGGGGUGGGGAGAAUUUGAGAUAUUUUUUUUGUUUUUGCUUCCUUUUGUUUCUUUUUAUUGUUAUAGUUACGUUUAUUUUGCUUCUUGUCUUGUUUAGUUGAAAAAAAAAAAAAACCCAUUUUUUUCUGUUUCCUGCAAAUUUUCAGCAUUUAUUUAAUAAAUAUGUGUGCAUGUGUGUGUAUAUAUAUGUAUAUAUAUUCUUUUAGUCAUUUGACUGUGGCCAUGCUGGAACACCACCUUAACGGGUUUUAGUCGAACAAAUCAACCCCAGGACUUAUUCUUUGUAAGCCUGGUACUUAUUCUAUCGGUCUCUUUUGCCGAACCACUAAGUUACAGGGAUGCAAACACACCAACAUCGAUCGUCAAAUGAUAGUGGGGAGACAAACACAAACACUCAAAUAUUUAUCUUUAUAUACAACAGGCUUCUUUCAGUUUCCAUCUACCAAAUCUACUCGUAAGGCUUUGGUUGGCCGGAGGGUAUUUUAGAAGACACUUGCCCAAGGUUCCACACAGUGGGACUGAGCCCGGAACCAUGUUGUUGGGAAACAAGCUUAUCAUCACACAGCCACUCCUGCACCUUUAUAUGUAUAUAUAUAUAACUUUUUAAUCAGUCAAAAUGUUAUGUAAGUGACUCAAAGGCUGAAUGUUUCAUACAUAUAAAAAUGAAACUUUUGGGUUAUGUCUGUAACUUUUCUGCUGAUUAAAAAAGAAUAUGUAUACACAUGAAUUGAGGCCUGUUUUGUGUUCGUUCCGCCAAACCUAUAU